GAAGCUUGCUUCCCUCGAUCCUUUUCAACGACUCUUCGCUGAGGGAUCUACCGCUCGACAUUUCGAUAUCCUUUCAUCGAUCGCGUAUUCGCGUCGCCCUUUCAUUCAUCAAUUUUCACUUGUUUACUCUAUCGACUAUUCUGGAUUUAAUCUUUGACCCUCUCUGAACUUUGUUCUGUUCGAUCACCCGGCUUCUUGGAUUUGCCUCUUUUGGCUUCUCGCGACGCUUCCUCGGCAUACGUUUUGCAUCGACAAUUCAUCGGAAUCCAACGUUUGUCGAUUUUAUCGAUAUACCCACAUCGCUUAAUUUGGUCGCCUUGAUUUAUACAAACGCUACUUUCUAAUCCGACCGGCUACUUUCUUGAACGCAAGAACUAGUCGAACCACAUUCUCUGUCUAUUUUUCUUAUCUCUCGAAUCUUUAGAUCUACCAAUCCCGCUUUGAGCCAAGGACGCAGGCGGUCUCGCUCAAAAUGUCUUCCAACGGUUUCGCUAACGGCCUCUCCAUGCCCACUGGCGGCCUUGCUGCCCGUCGCGGUGGCCAAAACCCCAAGCCUCUCUCGGUUGAACUCAUCAACCAGACAAAGGAUCAGGACCCUGGUGCUCCCACCCCUCGCACCAGUCGUUCACACCUCCUUGCUGGCCUCAGAACGGCUCCCAAGUCCGCUACUGCUGCUUCCUUCGGCCCUCAAUCUCCCACGACCGCCGGUCCCACGCAGCAGUAUGCCCGGAACUCCAUGGCUGGAAAUGCCUAUGGCAUGGGCCAGGACAACGCCUACAACGCCCCCAAGACGGCCUAUCCCCAAUACGGUGCUCAGAACAACUACAACUCAAUGGUAGGCCAGCAGUACACUGUUGAACAGGUUCUGGCCCCCCCUGAGCUUGCCAUGGAUGAGCAGAACCAUGACGAUCCUGGCCUGUAUGCCCAGCUUCUUGCUACCAACAUGUACUUGGCUCAGCAGCAGCAGCGCCUUCAGCAGCAGCUUAGGAAUGUCCAGGCAGCUGCUCAGCAAUUUCAACAGCUGAACCUUAACAACUCUCAGUUCACACAACAGCAGAUUGCUCUGUACGAGCAGCAGCAGCAGCUCCAGAACCUGCAACUUAACGUCCAGGCUGCUUUCACCCAGCAGGCUCAACAGCAACAAGCCCAGCAGCAAGUUCAGCAGCAGCAGCAGCAGCAGCAGAUAUACUACAACCCUAUGACUGGUCAGUAUUUUGUUGGAGACCCUCAGCCUUCUGUUCAGGUCACCUCGCCCUACAACGAGCAGCCCUCGACCCCCGGCUUUGGAGGCUUCCACCACCAGCAGAACACGCCCUCGGUGCAGGUUUCUCCUCCUGUUGAGUCUCAGCCUUUCUCGUUCCGCAGCAACUCGCCUCCCAAGCGCUACGAGUCCCCCACCGAGGUUGCCCCUCUUCCUCCCCCCUCUGCUAAUGCUUUCCGCCGUGGACACAAGAAGGCCUCAUCUUUGGCUCCCGUCAACAGUGCUCUAGCUGCUUCUUUGUCUUCUGACGCUCCUAAGUCUGCUGGACCUAAGACUUCCACUUUCCCAAUCACCCCCCUGACUGGUGGAUACGGACCUGGUCAGGCCCGUGCUGGAGAGCAUCCUAUCCGUCAGCCCCGUGGACCUCCUUCCCUGGACGAGCUCAAGGCCAAGCCCACUGCUAAGCACGAGGGAAGCAAGAACUUCUCUGCUCGCACUCGUCGUUCCGCUGUGCACAACCUUGUUCGUGCCGGCCUUGAACGCCGCAAGGGAACUGGUAGUUCUUGCGGAAGCAUGAGCCCCGUUUCUGAGACUGCCGAGGAGUCUUCGACACCUAUUACCGAUAACGAGUCCGAUUCCGGCCGCAGUGGAUCUGGUAGCUUAGCUGGUGAUAUGGAGUGUCCUAGCUCGCGCACUUCUGCUAGUGGUAGCUGGGGAGCUAUUGGCUCUGAUCGUCCCAGCUCGCGACAGAAGGCUCGCAAGAGCGUGGACAGUGUGGACAGUGUUGCCUCAAACACGGAGAGCGAGAACAGCUCUUUUGCUAAUGUGUUCAAGAACGGCGCUCUGCGAGCCGCCAAGGCACAAGACUCGGCUGAUGGCCAGCGCAAGGCACCUAGACUGGUGCUCACCAAGAGCACUCCCACUGCUUAAAAGGUGACGCUUCUGCCUGAACCCUUAUCACUGUCACGAUUUACGCGCCCGGACUUUUUCUUUCUGUUCACACGACUGCUUGGACUGGCGGACUGCAUUUUGAUGGUUGUCGUUUAGUCUUUUCUGAUCACGCUGGGAGUCCUGUUACCAUCUGUAUGGGAUGGAUGAAACACGUUUUCCUUAUCUAUUUCCGCGAAUUUUACCAUUACAGAAGUUUUAUAAUUCACUUCACAGUCUCUCCUUCAGACUUUUCUUC